AUGCCACCAAAGGCCACAACGUCUUCCGCUUCAUCGACAACCAGGGUGCAGUCUAGCUCGCCAGCACAGCAAUUUGUGGCACUCCUCAAGACACAACAGUUUUACUGGUACUUGGGCCAUGUGUUUGCUAUCAUCUUCUUUGCAUUGAGCUCAUUGUCGGGAAUACUUUUCAGACAGGCAGCUUCGUUAAGGUACUAUCGUUUUACAUUGUUGUCCAUCAUUGUCACUUACUUGAUUGUGUUGAAACAGGUAUACCUCAAACGUUCUGGUCAAAAAGCCACCACCGCCAGAUUAAUUGGAGAUGAAAAUGUGCAAUACUUGAGCUUGGCGGUUGUGUUUUACCUUGCAAGCUUCAUCCUCGACAACCAAGUACAGACUGUGUUGUAUUCGUAUAUCAUAUUUGCAGUUUUCCAUGCACUCACCUACUUCCAGAACAACUUGUUGACAGUGCUUAUUCCAUCUGUUGCCACUCAGCAGAGAGUCAACUCAGCCAUCAACAACUUCACCACACAGUAUAACCAGCCAGCAUUGUCAGCUGCGUCGAGUGUGGAGAUUGUGUUGGCGGUUAUGUCGGCAUUUGACGUGUUGAUCAGCACAUUCUGGGUGUUGUUGAAGUGGAACAUUGUGCAGUAUGCCACCAAGGUGGUUCUUUUAGCCGCAGUUGUUGUGUUUAUCAAGUUGAGGUAUGAAGGCAACCAAUUCACCAAAGCUGCAGUGGGUCAAUUGGACCAGACAGCGAAUGGAUAUGUGAACCAGUUGAACAGUCCGCAAUUGACACAGAAAUACUUUGGAUACAGAGAGAAGUUGAUUCGUUCGUUGGCACUGAUCCAGAGACCUAAAGUGGAGAAGAAGACUCAAUGA